AUGGCCGGACUAGCGCGCGCACUGCAAUGGAUAUCGCUUCUCAUUCUGCUUCAUGCGGCCUAUUCGACUUUUGACUAUUUAUCGCAACUCAAGGCCGUAGACAGACCGCAAGAUCAUAUACCAAAAGAUGUAACACUGGAGGCCCUUUUAUCCCUAUUCCUUUUUGUCCUUGGGACCGUGUUGGCAUCCCCGACAUUGGCAGAGAUCACUUGGGCAAAAGAGAUGGACAAACGCUCGAUUGAUGAAAUGGACUCAAGGAUCGGCUUUAUGGACCUUAAACAUCGUGGCGCCGUCUUCUUUGGUUCGCAGUAA